UUCGUUUUUUGGUCCGCGUUACGUUACGUCGAAUGAAUGGUUUUCAAGCGAUUUAAAGUAUAUUAUUCUCGCUAUUUUGCGUCAGUACUUACCGAAAACGGUGUACUAACGUCGCAAGGUCAUCGUUGACGAAGUAAAGGAAGAUGGAGCAAGAAUCAAGACGCAAAGGACCAAGAAGUCCGAGUGCAGAUUCAGAAGAUUCCUCUCAUAGAAGGAGGUCUAGGAAAUAUGAUAGAUCUCCAUCUCCAAGAAGGAGUAGAUACCGUCGUUCUCGGUCUAGGGAUAGAAGAUCACGUUCAAGUUCAAGGGAUAGAAGGAGAAAGGAGUCCAGUCGUACACAGCAAGAAUGGAAACAGCAAACAUCUCAGGCUCAAGCUUCUACACCCAAUACAAACAAUUCUGGUGGCUAUGUUCCAGCAGUUCAUAAUCAAUAUCAGGCACCUCCACCACCAAACACAAGUCAACCACCGCCACCUAUACCAGCUUACAAUCAAGGAUAUAAUAGUUACAAUUACAACUAUGGACAAGGCUAUGACUACACUUAUCAGCAACCAACUGGUUAUCGCAGUGAUUAUCCACCGACGAAUUGGCAAGGGAAUCAAGUACCAUAUAACAAUCAGCAACCACCGCCACCUCCAACGUUAACGUCUCAGCAAGAAUCGUCGAGGCCGGUAGACAGUGGUUCCUCUGGAUUAGUUUCAUCCAUGGCUAGACCAGAGGAUGCUAAGAAGGAAGCAGCAAUUGCAGCUGAAGUAAAACAGCAAAAAGCAACCCUCGCCAAACAACGGGAAGAAUACGUUAAGAAAUCAGCUACGUUGCAACGCGAACUGGAAAUCCUGCGUCAACAGUGCGAUGAAAUUGGUAAAGAGGGUGGGCGCGAAAAUAAUCGCAUCAUAAAAGAAAAUCAAAAGUUGCAGAUUGAAAUACAAAACAAAAUGAAGUCGAUACAUAACGUUAUCGACAUGCUUACCGGAAUAAUCGGGGACAAAGCGACCGUUGAUGAUCUUAAAAGCAAAUUUAAACUAGAAAUUAACAAGCGUUCGAGGAGUCCUAAAGAAGAUUUCCCGAAAGGGAAAUCGGAAUCACCGGACAGAUCGUCGGGCUCAGAUUCCGAUAAGGAGUCGAAAAUCGAAAGGGAAACGAAAGAUCGAAGGUCUCCCGAGGACACUAAACCUAUGUACAAUUUCGUGCAUUACGAUCCCGAAAUGCAUUGGUGUAAAGUCUGCGAUAUAUUUCCUAAAACGGCAAAGGAAUAUUUGAAUCAUCUGCAUAGCAAUGAGCACAAAGAAGCUUGCUUAGAACGCAAGAUAGUUGAUAUGCCAUGGCAUGAGCGGAAUGGAGAGGGAACAGAAAAGGAAGUGCCCUAUUAUCCUGGACUGCCAACGAAAAGAACACCAAUUAAAGGUUUGCAGUUCUUCAGCGCUGCGACGGCAUGGUACUGUAAGCUUUGCGAUUCCUGGAUAGGCGAUCUUCAUUGCGCGAGUUUGCAUCUGAAAUCGAAACAGCAUUCCGAAAACUAUUCCAGUUUCGUGGAACAGAAUCCACAUUGGGAAACCGAUUGGAUGGCUGAUCGCGAGAAAGCGUUCUCAGAGGAAAAGCACAAGCAGAUACAAAUGGAGCUGCAAAAACAUAAAGAGGACGAUCCGCCGCCGAAGUCGAAGAAAUCGAAGAAGAGCAAGAAGAAGUCAAAAAAGUCGAAGAAACGAAGAAACAGGAGCAGCGGCAGCGACAGUUCCAGCGAGUCCGAGAACUCUGACACGGACUCCGAUCAAGAUAUGUCGAAGAGUAUUCGCGUCGCUAUGCGAAAUAAAAUGAAGGCCUCGACUCAGGCGAUCCUCAACGAGGAAAUAGACUAUCAUCGAAUCAAGUUGAAAGGUCACUGGUCGAAAGUGACUCAGCAUUUGAAUCAGCCGCCGACUCCGGAACCACAACUGGCAGAAACCGAUGACAGACAAUUGUUGAACUCGAUUCGGGACAAGUUGAAAGCGAAGCAGGAGGAGGAGAUGAAAUCGAUUGGUAAUCGAAGGUUGAGUCAAGAGAAAACAGUCGAAGAAGAAGAAGAAGAGGAGGAGGAGGAGGAGGAGGAGGAAGAAGAGCAGGAGCAAACUUCAUUUUCGAACAAAUCCAAAUUGGAAAGCUUAGAAGCUUGGGGACCAAAGGAACCGCCGAAACCGUUUUGGAUAAAAAAGGAAGAAGAGAAACCACAGCCUAUAGCUAACAAGCCGAUUGAACUGCCAAAGCCAGAAGAAAUGCCUAAGCCUCACAUGGGAUUCUGGACGAAGCAACAAGUGAAUAUGACUGUGAAACCACCCGAGAAUAAAACUGUGGAAAAAGACGACGAGAGAGAUCGGGAAAGCGACCGAUACAAAGAAGAUCGUGAGAGAAAGUAUGACAGACGGGAGGAUAAAUACGAUCGGUAUAGCAGGCACGAUAGAAGACGUGGCGGACGGGAUAGGGACAGGGAUCGUGACAGAGACAGGGAUCGUGAUAGGGAUAGGGAUCGUGAUAGGGACAGGGACAGGGAUAGGGAGAGGGAUUAUUACGAGGAUCGAAGAAAACGUGAUAGCAAUGAUUCCCCUCGUCGCGACAGGAAUUGGCGUGAUAGUCCAAAGAGAAGCUACGAUAAAUAUGGCAAAGAUAGAAGAGACGAUAAUUCGUCCAACGAUGAGUCUAAAUUCGAAAAGAAGACCAAUGAGUCCGCGUCGAAAUCUAAAAAGGGUAACGUGCAAACAAAAAAGUCCGCGCCUCAGGUAUCCAAAGGAAAGUUACCCUUCAUCGGUAGAUUACCACUGUUCAAGAAGAAAACCGAAGAACCAAAAUUGCCUGAGAAGGACAUCACGCCGCUUCCGUAUCAACAAAGUAAAUUCGAGGACACGCCAAAGGUUCCCAAUGAAAUCAUCAAUCCACCAGGCGUGGUACAUAUUACCAAACUCGCCACUCCGUUAAAUCUUGGCAACAACAACAAUAAUAACAGCAGUAAUAGUGGUAAUAACGUUAGCCAGUCACCGGCUCAAAGUAACAAGAACCAACCGAUGAAGAUUUUGGUCGCUCCGCCGCCGCCAGUAUUAAACGAAACUAAACCAACGCAACAGGUAGUCGACAUGGAGAUCGAAGAUCAGGUGGAAGAAGCACUGAUAGAAGAACCAAUGAUGGAGCAGCAGAAACAGCCGCCAACUGUAGCUAAGUUACCUCUGCCACCUCAUCCACCGCCGCCCUUGAACAGACCGCCGCCAUCUUUUACGGCUCAGCCGUCGUCGCAACAACAAGCUGUGCAAAGCAGACCACAGUUUUCUACGAGUCGACCUCCACCGCCAUUCAUAUCGAAUCCACCGCCAUUUGUUCAAAGUCAACCGCGCUUCCCUGCUCAUCAAACAGUGCGACCGCCCGUUCAAACUCAUCCGCCGUACAUGACCAAUCCACCGCCUCAAAUGGCCGCCGUUCCGUUUGUUCAGAAUCAUCAAAAUCCACCACCACCUCCAAUGCCAACCGUGGAGGGGGGAACGGCGGAUAUCGCGGAGAUACCAGAACCUACUGAGAAACGAACAGAUCCAAGCAUUCCUCUGCCCGACGACUUGCAAGAAGCGUUGAACAUUAUAUUCCCCAAGGAGGAAUCCGAAGCCAAGCAACAAAGUCAACAGGAGACUAAUAUCAUGUACUCGUCUAUGUACAGUAUGUUAGGGUGCGUCGGUUACGGACCAGAAUAUAUGGACCAACCCCCACCGGAAAUAACGCAGGCAGACGCGGAGGUGGACACGCAACCUGGACCAGACGAUUUGAAAAUGUUAGGCAUUGACGAAGGAGACACGAUCCUAUAAAAAAUGAAAUUUUACGAACUUACACGUACAGAACUGACUGUUCUCUUUUGGUAAGGUUUACAGAUGGACCUUACGAAUCAUUCUGAUAGUUUGUUCACUAUUUUUCUUUGAAGCGAGUUGUUACUCGCCAGAUGUUGAUCCGUUUGUGAACCGACGAAUGUAUUUCUAAAUGUAAAAUUCAUAUGAUAACACAUGUUAAAAUGGAAUUAUGUAAUUAUGUAAACUAGUAUUUUAAAUGGGAAAUAGUAAAUGUUUCUCCAUUGUUUACUGGUAACAAAUCAACCUGGUAUUAUUAUUAUUAUCGACUGUUGUCAUAAUGAAAAAUGGAGACACGAGUAU